AUGCAUUUAUAUACUAUUGCACUAUUCAAGGUUAGACCAGGAAGUAAACCAGUACUACUUAGCAUUGUAUAUGAAUUGUCUUCAUUUGGAUUCUUUCAAAGAGGUUCAGUAAAGGAGAUUACAUUGUUUGUAGCAAGAGAGACUGUUGGUCGUAUCAAUGUUGGCGAGCGUAUCAGUUUGAUACAUGAACAGAGCCAAAAGGUGUGUCAUGCCACCGCCGACGCCAAGGGUCUGGCCUGCGCCGCCCUGACCGACUCGGAGUAUCCAGAGCGUGUGGCACACGUGCUGGUGCGUCAGGCCAUGGAGCACUUCUAUCAGACACACGGUGACAGAUGGCAGACGGCCACCAACGAUAUUGAGAUGCCCACGCCACCACUGGACCAGAUGAUCAUCAAGUAUCAGAACCCGCACGAGGCCGACCCCAUGAUGAACCUACAGAAGAACCUCGACGAGACGAUCAACAUCGUCAAGAAGACCGUCGAGCAGCUUGGACAGCGUGGCGAGAAGCUCGAGGACAUUGCAUCAAAGAGUGACGAUCUCAGCUUCCAGAGCAAGGCUUUCAUGCAGAACGCUGAACGAAUGAACAAGUGUUGUUCAUAUCUAUAG